AUGCUGGUCAGAUCGUCGCGAUGGCUAACGUUGGCAGGUUAUCGUGGCUUUUCCCGUGUCGCUGGCCAUUCAAUUAAUGAUCCGCAGGUGCUGCAAGAAGUCACCCGUGAAUUUCGUCUCUACGAGUCUGCUCUGUGCAACAACGACGUGAAGGCUCUUGACCGGUUCUUCUUUGACAAUCCAUCAACUGUUCGAUUCGGCACAUCGGAGAAUCUAUAUGGCUAUGAGGCCAUCCAAGCGUUUCGACAAGGGAGAUCUCCACCCGGUGAUCGCAGAAUCUUGAGGUCGGUGAUCACAACCUAUGGACCGGAUUUUGCGGUGGCAAACAUUGAGUUUCAGCGAGAUGGCAGCUCCAAAAUUGGACGACAGUCGCAGACAUGGUUGCGAACUCCUGAGGGAUGGAAGGUCGUUUCUGCGCAUGUAUCGAUGAUGGAAAAGUGA